AGAGAACUUCUUCCUCCAUUUUAAUCAGUAUGAAGUUUGGGCUUCUGGUAUACCUAUUAGUGAUCACAUUUAACGUUGUCGGUGUCAGUAGUGGUACCACGUGUCAGAAUGGGUGGACGGGAUACAACUCUAGGUGUUACCUGUUUGUUAUGCAUAUGUCAGCAGACUGGAACGAAGCAUCGCAAUUUUGUCACACACAAAACUCACGACUGGCAGAGAUUGAUAAUGCAAGAGAAGACAACUUCUUAGUCCAACAUCUCAAAGAUUAUGGCAGAUCGGCAAAUUUCUGGGUGGGCGGAACUGACGUCAUUAUAGAAGGCGAUUGGAUAUGGAGCUUGUCCCAGACACCUAUCCAUCACUAUACCCACUGGGACCCGCGGGAGCCAAAUGACCUGGGCGGUGAUGAGAACUGCAUGGAAAUGCGACAGGAAUAUGGCUAUAUGUGGAACGAUAUGUCUUGCCAUGUUCGUCAAUAUUUCAUUUGUGAGCAACCGAGUGGACUAGGACCUGUGGUCGGAUGACGCUACUACUAAAUCUUAUAUCAUUGUAAAUCAUAAU